AUGGCAGAUCAAGCCGAAGUAUACGAGGAGCAGAAUGUGCAUGAGGUGUAUCAGCAGAUUGCGGGACAUUUUUCAGCUACCCGGUACAAGCCGUGGCCAAUUGUUGAGAAAUUCCUCCAGGGCUUAACACCGGGUUCUGUUGGACUGGAUGUUGGUUGUGGCAAUGGCAAGAAUCUCCAGGUGAACCGGGAUGUGUUCAUAGUAGCUUCUGAUCGAUCCGAAAACCUGGCCAAGAUAGCGGUCCAGCAUCAACCCCAUUCAGCAGUGGUGGCCGAUAUCCUCCACCUCCCGCACCGGGAUGCGCACUUCGACUUUGCCGUCUGCAUCGCCGUAGUCCACCACAUGUCCACCCCAGCGCGGCGAAUCGAAGCCAUCGCCGAGAUUCUGCGGACCAUCAGACGCGGCUCAGACACGCAACCAGGCGGGCGAAUCCUGAUCUAUGCAUGGGCACUCGAGCAGAAGAACAGUCGUCGUGGCUGGGAUAAGGGAGACUCGCAGGAUCUCAUGGUGCCGUGGGUGCGCAGGGCUAAGCCUGGCUCUGGCGAAGAGGAUCAGACGUUCCACCGGUACUAUCAUCUGUAUGAGAGCGGGGAGUUGGAGCGUGAUAUUGAGCAGGCGGGAGGAGUGGUGGUGGAGUCCGGGUAUGAGAAAGAUAAUUGGUGGGCGAUUGCAACGCACAAGCACGAUUCAUGA